GGUGGGGACACUGGGCAGCACAAGGGACGGGAUGGGGUGGCAGAGUGACGGGGCACAUCCAGCCUGUGCCAGGUCGGUGUUUCUCAUGGUUUUUAUAAUUUUUUACUGCGUUUCUCACUGUCCUGAGGCAGCUCCUCUGCACCUGAGCACCCACCACAGGUGCCACAAGUGUGGAAUAUCCCGGAGCUGCCACCCCAUCCUGGUUGUCCUGGGAGAGAGGGACACGGGGGAGCCGGUCACGAGUCCCCAGCCCGGUUCCACACGGGGAUUGGCACAUCCCUGCCCGGUUCACACUUCUGGGGCUUCUCCUUUCCCCGGAGCAGCCCCACGAACCGGCACAUCAGCAUUUUUUCAGCCCUGAUUCAGCUCGGGGAUGUUGCGACACGGAGUUGUGCAAAGCUGGCAGUGCCUCCGAUUCCUCUUUCGGGGCUCUCACGGGAGCUGCCCCGCGUGGGACGGGGUCAAUGUCCCCACCUCGGGCUCCCACCUGCCGCCACUCCCUGCUGGCAUCACCCCCUGUCCCCUGCUCACACGGGGCUGGUGCUUUCCCAGCUUUGAGCUGGGAUUUGUCCCCUGGAAAACUCGUUGUGGGUCUUGGUGGCACAGAGCAGGUGGGGGCUCUGGUGGAAGAGCCAGCGCGGUGCAGCUUUUGCUCCAGGUGUUUUGUAUCUCCCUCUGGAUGAGCUGUCCUGGCUCAGGGCAGGGAUUUGUGUCUGGGGAUUUGUGUCCAUCCAGGCUCAGCUUGCUCGGGAUCACCGGCAAUUUCCAGCUCCUGAGGUCAGGAUGGUUGGGGACAGCCCUUGGCUGUCUCUUUAGGGUACAAACCAGGCCAGGUUUGCUGAUUUCCUCACUGGGAAUGCACUGUGGGAUGGGCAGGACCUGAUGAGCAGCUUCUCCUCUUCCCUGCACCCCAGGAAAGGCUUUGGGCUCCCCCUCUCCUGUGUGAGUGAGGCCAGGAGCAUCCCAGGGGCAGGGCGUGGAUUUGGGGAGCAGGAUGAGGGGUAGCCACGGUGGAGGAGCCCAAGGGGACCCUCUGGGGAUACCCAAACCCUUCCCAAAGGCUCCCAGGAGAUUCCCAAGCCCCUGUGGGCAGGCGUGGUGGACGGGACAUGUCACUGCUGCCACAUCCCCUUGUGUGUCCAGCCAAACCCUGCAAACCCAACAUCCUCCCCCAGAGCUUCCCCCUUCCCCUGCAGCUCUGCUGAGACCAGCAGCUGCUUCAUCCCACGGGCUGAGUUUGUUUUCCUCAUCCUCCCAUCCCAUGUGCUUCUCCUGGGGAUGAGAAAUCUCGGCAAUAUCCGUGUCAGCUCCAGCUGGAUGCCAAAGCCACCAGCCCAGCGUGGUUCCCAUGCCAGCCCCCAACGGGGCUGUAGGAGAAGCAGAGAUGUCUGAUCCAGCCUCUAAGUGCUGAAAAUUCCCUUGGGAUUUAUCCAGCUCAGCUCAUGCCUUAGGCCGGUGUGGAGGGAGCUGCCGCUGUGCCCUGGGACACUGAAGUGCCACCUGUCCCCAUCCCAACAGAGAGGAGAGAGGGGCAGAUCCCUGGCUGCAGAUCCCAGCAUCCCAUCUCCCCAGGAUCACACGGAUCAGCUGCCAUUCCCAGGGACGAUGGCGCUUCCCAACCUGUCCGAUUACCUGGACGGCCUCAACAAUAACUACAGCGACUACCCCGACUACACCUACGAGGACGCGGGCAGCGUGUGGGCAGACCCGGCCCACGACCCCAAGGACAUCACCAGGAUCCUGUCCGUCAUCAUCUACAGCGUGUCCUGCGUGCUGGGCAUCCUGGGCAACGGCCUCGUCAUCGCCAUCAUCACCCUCAAGAUGAAGAAGUCGGUGAACGCCGUCUGGUUCCUGAAUCUGGCCGUGGCCGACUUCCUCUUCAACAUCUUCCUGCCCAUCAACAUCGCCUACACGGCCAUGAGCUACCACUGGAUCUUCGGCACGGUCAUGUGCAAGCUCAACUCCUUCCUCCUCAUCCUCAACAUGUACACCAGCGUCCUGCUGCUCACCACCAUCAGCUUCGACCGCUACGUGUCCGUGGUGUUCCCGGUGUGGUCGCAGAACCACCGCUCCACCAACCUGGCCUACGGGGUCUGCGUGGUCAUCUGGACCCUGGGCAUCGUCAUGAGCUGCCCCUCGCUCGUCUUCCGGGACACGGCGCAGACCCGGAGCUCUGUGAUUUGUUUCAGCAAUUUCUCCCUCUCCAGGAAUAAAUCCUACGAAGGGCUGGCUCUGGUGAGGCACCGCACGGUGAACAUCACCAGGUUCCUGGCCGGCUACAUCCUCCCCAUCACCAUCAUCACCUUCUGCUACGUCGCCAUCGUCCUCAACCUGCGCCGCAACCGCCUGGCCAAGUCCAAGAAGCCCUUCAAGAUCAUUGUCACCAUCAUUGUCACCUUCUUCCUCUGCUGGAGCCCCUACCACCUGCUGAACCUGCUGGAGACGGUGCCCGGCGCGGUGCCCUGGUCCGUGUUUGAGAUCUUCAUCCCACUCACCACGGCUCUGGCAGCCUCCAACAGCUGCAUGAACCCCGUCCUCUACGUCUUCAUGGGCCAGGACUUCAAGAAGUUCAAGGUGACCCUCCUUUCCAGGCUGGUGAACGCCCUCAGCGAGGAGACAGGACACUCCAGCAUCGUGCACAGGAGCUUCUCCAAGGUCUCCUCCAUGACUGAGAAAGAGACAACGGUUGUGUAAACUCAGCCUGCAGGAGGGGCAGAAUCUCCUGGUGUUGGCGCUGUGAUGGUGACCAGCCCUGGUGUGGUCAAACAUUGUCCUGCACUGCCCAUUUUUGACUGGUGUUGCUGCCUGGGGGCUAGCAGGGGAUGGAGACCCCUUAAGGGAUGGAGAAGAUACAACCACCCUUGAUCCAGGAUUGCAAAAAUCCUCGUGCCAAACUAAACACAUUUUUGGGCUUUCCCUUCCAAACUGUGCAGUGCCUGAUGCAGGAAGGGCUUUCCUGGUGUUUCCAGAGUGCGGUGCAGGAUAUCAGGAAGGCAUCUCCUGUGCCAUGGCCAGAUUAGUGACACUCCUCUGUCCCAUGUCUGUGUGUGGCUCCUCAUGGUAAAUUCCUGAGGUAUUUUGGUACCAGAAGAAGGUGUUUGUGACUUUUUUUUGGGAGGCGUCCUUAUGAGGGGGUUGGAUUAUCCCACCUCAAAGAACUGGGAAGUCUCAAAUGUCUUCUAAACGACCCAGACCCAGGGCCACCUUCCAGUGUGGGGAUUGGGCUCAUGCACAGGGUCACCAGCAUGGAAAACUGGGAGAAGGAAGAGGGAAAGGUCAAUUUGAAAUGUGUUUUUUACCCUCCUUUUGAUGGGCACAUUCCACACGGUACAUCCUGCAGGAAAGGUGGGUGUUUGGGACCAGGAACAGGCCCAGGAGCUGGGAAUGAGCUUCUGGGGAGGACCUGCUGUCCCCUCCUGCACAUCUUGGGACACUCUGGGAAUCUCCUGGGAGACUCUGCUGCCACACACCGAUCUCUGCAGGAAAGGAUGAGCCACCACUUCAAUCCCGUUUCACACCCAGUUAAUUUGGGAGCUCCUUCUCCAUUAGAGCUCCUUCACCACAGCCCUGGUGUCACCCUCAUUUAUGUGUCACUCCCUGGAGCUGGAAUUAGGCAGCCCUCAGUAGCCCUUGGGGACAUUUCAGGAGGUCCCUCGGGAGGAUUUGUGCAGGUUUUGGCAGUUGAGAAUCUGCUCCCAAGUGCCCACAGGGGCCGAAAUAUUUAUUUAUAGCUUUCCUUGGAAAUCAGAAAAUGGAAAAUAAAAUGGAGAGACAUCUCCCAGGAAAAGGCAGGGAGCCAUUUCCAGGCAACAGAUCCUGGAAUCCUGUGGCAGGAGUGGAAUUUCAGAUUUCGGGAUUUCAGGAUUUCAGAUUUCAGGAUUUCAGGUUUUUCGGGAUUUCAGGAUGCCAGGAUUUCAGAAUUUCAGGAUCUCAGGAUUUCAGAUGGAUUAUCCAGCGUCCUCUCUGCCCUGGCACUCCUCGCUGCUCCACCUUGAUCUCAUCGCCUCCUCCAUGUGAUGGGACACUCAGCACCUGGAUUGUCCCUGUGUCUCCUGGGGUUGGGAUGCACCCUGGGGAGCACUGCCAAGCCCAGGGCUACUCCCAGCCCUGAUCCACAGAGAUUUUUCACCCCAAAUCCAUGCUGGAUCCAUACCCAUGGAAGAUGAGGUGCCUGAGGAGGCUGCAGGGCAUCUCUGGUGGUGGGAGGAGGCUCCUCUUGCUCAUUUUCCCCAGUAUUUAAUUAAUAUUGCUGGAAUGUUGCCAGGAUCCUAUUAGGAGUGGGAUGGGACAGAUGGACACACAGAACUUGCAGAGGAUCUGUUUAGGGAGCACUGGGAAUGGCAGGUACCCAGACCCAGCAGCUUCUGUGGCUUUUUGGGCUCAGGGUUUGGAGAAGGCCUGGGUGUGGAACAGUGGGAUGAAGCCUCAAGGGCUGGAUGCCAUCCCACAGCCCCUCAGGCUGGUGCUGGGAUGUUCAUAAUGGAUUCAGGAUUUUCCUCCCUAAUUCUGGUGUCUGUUUUUCCCAAGCCCAUCUGUUAUUACUCCAAACAGCUUUCAAAAAAAAAAAUUAAAUAAAUAAAAAAAGCAGUGCCUUGGUACUUACCCUGGGGUUAAAUCAUCCCUGUAAUGGCUGCUUGGCAAUCCCAAGUUUCCCAAAUAUUUGGGGGCAUCUUUGUAGCUGUUUUGCUUAUUUAAUAAAACCUCUGUUUUCCAGACAAA